CUUGUCAUGACCGCUGAGCGGCUCAUGAGCGAGGGAGCAUCGGCCAUUUUGUUAUUACCAGUUAUUAUCGCAGACUUACGGAACUUAUGCCAGCUUUUUCGCUUAUAUAAGUCCCCAUGUUCAUUUAUUGUUAUUGAACUUGCUUCUCCUUACACUUUUUAUCAUUGCAGGACUUCUGCAUCUUUGUCAAUAAAUUAAUAUUCGACAUCGAGGAGUAGAUUUCUUCAAUUCGCAACUUUUGGUGUCAUUAGAGCUGAAGAACACAAUCGAAAUAGCCCGACACUGAUUGUAUAAGAUUACCUUUCCCUUUUUGUAUUUAUUCAUAGGAGAGCCGAAACCUGUUGCCCUCUACCCAUUGAAUGCCGAACACAGGACGCGUGACAUCAGUGGCAAUGGUCUUCCGGCGGGAAUCGCGUCUGGCGUGACACUUGACAAGGGACCUGAUGGAAGAGAGGGCGGGGCAUAUUACUUUUCUGGGACGCCCAGCAGCUACAUCGAGAUCCCUUACCACGCAAAGAUCGACACAAGGUAAACUAACUACCUGUAGCUGGUAAACAUUUUCAAGAGCGUCUUUUCUAAUGCACCAAAUAUAAAAAAAAAAUAGUGCUUACAUGCUUUGCGUACGAAAAUUUCCCAGCUUCAUACAUUGGAUUUGAUGGCCCUGUUUUCUCGGGACAAACAAUUAAAAGCUGGUGUUUAAGGAAGGACAAUAACGCCGCCAUUUUAAGCUCACGCUCAAUGGCAAGUCACACAAAGCAUCCAUUUCCAUCGGCUAAUUCAAGCGAGUAACCAAGAUAUUUUUAAUCAAAUAUCGUCAAUAACAUAAGACUUUAUUCGUAGCUUUUUAUUUUUAAGUUCAAUGAUAAACAAUAACAAAGGACUGGUUGAACAGCAUUCUUUGACUCACAGAUAUUCCCUAUCUGUGUUGUUAUGGAUACAUGCUGACGGUAACAUUAGCCCGAUUUGGCAAUAUGAUCGUUCAAACUAUGGCGUUCAUUUAUGGAUUGCGGCUCCGGAUCCGGAGAAGCCAUGGAUAUUCGCAAAAGUUGUUGUACACGAUCUUGGAUCUGGAAGGAGUUUAUACCAAAAAAAGUUUUAGCAGUGCAAUGGUACACCUGGCACUUCGUGGGGUUCACUUAUGAUUACAUAUCGGGAUGGGCGAGGCUUUAUGUGGACGGAGUCAUGAUCGGCGAGUUGAACGUUGGCAGAACUGAGCUGGCGACACAACGCGAGAUACGUCUGGCAGCCGUGGCAUUUGACAGUCGGUCUUUUCGCGGUCGCAUGGCGUGCCUGCAGAUAUACAAUGAAGCCCUCACACUCAAGCAGAUAAGAAAGUCCAGUGGUCUUUGUUCAGAAGAAUUGAUUCGGCCUUGUAUCAAUUACACACCUAUUGAAGACGUCACAAGGGCUUUCAAUCAAACUUGGUACCGUCUAAAAGGCCAACAGCAAAUAUCGACCCAAGGGCCGCAAAGUAAUAUGGGACUCUCUGGAUGGAUGCGUGGCCCCCAUCCACAAAGAGAGAUUGGUGCGGUGGAACGUGAUCUGUGCUUUGGUGAUGUGCGAGGUAGCUGUCAGCAUAAGGCCUCGGUGACGGUUCGUCACUGUUUUGGGUAUUACGUGUACAAGUUUAUUGGACUUCCACAAGAACACCUACAAAUAUCUGUAGACAAAGACGUAGAUGCCGAAACUCUACCGGAGAGAAUUUUUCAAGAAAGGCCUCGCUUCCAACUCACGGAUCACGUGUUCUAUGAAGAGUCAAACGUCCCCUCCCCCGCCCAGUGCGUCGAGUAUUGUCUUGUCGCCGGGGAGAAGUGCGAGUCCCUGAACUACAGCUCUAAAGACAAUGGGACAUGCCAACUUAACAACGCAACUGCUUCUGGUUAUGGUCACCACUUGUUAGCCAAUCAGAGCUGGGCGUACUUCCAUCCAAUAGCAUUGGUGUAGACAUAAUCACAUAAACAUUUAUGCAUGGGCCUCUUUCCUCAGCAAAUCCUGGAUACUCGGCUGAAAUUGCUUAAAGUUUUGAUAAAAAAAGACUCGACUCAUGGGCGGCGGAAGCAAAAAACAUAUUGCGACUAGUCUAUUAGCUAUGUUCAAAUGCGCACGUGUGUAGAAUUGCCUUUGUUUAAAAUUGGGAUAGGGAAACCUUCUAUUUCACAUGACCAAUAUUCUUAUACCUGGGUACGCAAAUUGGGUGUGUCUCUUGGCAGUAGCCAAUCAAACUGUGAGCUUUACUUAUUAUAGCACAAAGAUGGCGAUCGAGCUAGUUUGUCGAUAUUUUAUUUUCUAGCACAUAUUUUUUAAAUGUUCUCUUGUUAACUGUCACGAGUAGGGCCAGUAUCUGCUCUCCUUGCGCAGCCUCAGUACGUGUCUUUCAGUCUUUAGCGACACCAUAAAAAAGCCACGAAGCGUCAUAGGAGUUCAGACAAUCAGCACUAAAUAGUCGGGCAUAACCAAGGUAACCGAUAGUCAUAACAAUUGGUCAUUCUCAUGAUCCUAUGAAGUGAGGAAAGAGCUUCGAGCCUCAGCAUGGCCAACAGACAUCUUGUAGCGCAAACUAGAUACACAACGGAAGAUGUAGCCUUUCUUAGACCUCCCUUUCCGGACAAGCGAAAGAUCAGCGACUAAUAUGACUGCAGAAUAUAUCACCCUUAUUUGGAAGGCUCACCACUCUCUGGUGAUCUGGUCACGUGAGUAGUAACGGCCUUUUAAGAUUUAAAAAUCUCAUUACAAAAAAUAUUAGCAAGGCGCACUUUUAGCGUUAUUACAUGAAAUGUUUGCGACAUGAAAAUUUUGCGAUUUUGUUUAGCAAAUGGUUAAUAACCUUAUUCUUGCAUUUAACUCUCGUGUCUUUUUUUUUUAAUGCAGAUUUCGCAAGGUCAAUUAUAUCUAUACAAGGCACAUGAAAAAAUAGGGAUCUUAAAAAGGCUGAAAUAUUCUCUUAUAAGCAUUUACUUGCAGUACAAAAUGUAUGAAAGUCAAUAAAGAGGUUUUUAGUAUCCCUGAAA